UCUUUAUCCCACCCUUCUAUUUAUCAACAAAGGCCGUGAAAGUGUUACUACAAUGGUCAACUGCUUAAAUAUACCUAACUUUGAUACAUGUCUCAGUUUUAAAUUUGAUGUUUACUCACUUCUAUUCGCUACCGUCGCUUUUUAUGUAACUUGAGCUAUCUUAGAGUUUGCAAAAUGAUAUAUAAGCUCUGUCCCUCAAUAUAACCGGUUUUUUAAAUACUUACUUCUAUUUUUAAUUGCGAUAUAUAUUCUUGUUACAGCUAGUACACUAUUUCAAAUCUUUAUUGGGUGAGAAGCAGUAUGUAUAAUAUCUUUUCUUCUAAUUGGCUGAUGAUCAGGACGAACUAACGCAAAUACAGCUGCACUACAAGCAGUUAUUUAUAACCGAGUUGGGGAUAUCGGACUAAUCCUAACACUAGCUUGAAUAGCUAUAAACAUAAACUCUUGGGAACUACACCACCUAUUUGCCAUUUCAAAAAACUUUGACUUAACAAUACCCCUAUUUGGACUAAUCCUAGCAGCAAUAGGAAAAUCCGCACAAUUUGGUUUGCACCCCUGACUACCCUCCGCUAUAGAAGGCCCUACUCCAAUCUCAGCCCUUCUUCACUCUAGCACAAUAGUCGUAGCUGGUAUCUUUCUACUAAUUCGAUUCAGCCCUUUAUUAGAAAACAGCCCCUACGCCCCAACCGCCUGUCUCUGCUUAGGCGCUGUAACCACAUUAUUUACCGCCGCCUGUGCUCUCACUCAAAACGAUAUUAAAAAGAUUGUAGCUUUUUCAACAUCUAGCCAGCUUGGUUUAAUAAUAGUCACAAUUGGCUUAAACCAACCUCAGCUGGCUUUCAUACAUAUCUGCACUCACGCAUUUUUCAAAGCAAUACUCUUCCUAUGCUCCGGCUCCCUUAUUCACACCCUAAACAGCGAGCAAGACAUUCGAAAAAUAGGAAACAUACCCCAAGUCUCUCAAAUGACAACAACCUGUCUCACCAUUGGUAGUUUAGCCCUUAUAGGAACCCCCUUUUUAACAGGCUUUUUUUCUAAAGACACUAUUUUAGAGGCAAUAAACUCAUCAUAUCUAAACGCCUGAGCCCUGGCCCUAACACUUACUGCUACUAUAUUCACAGCUAUCUAUAGUAUUCGUAUCAUUUAUUAUGCUCUAAUAGGUUACCCUAAGUCUCUUCCUACUUUGAUGGCUGAAGAAAACAACCCACUACUAAUUAAGCCUCUAAAACGUCUAGCUUGAGGAAGCAUCCUUGCUGGACUAUUAAUUUCACUAAGUAUUGUUCCCUACAAACCUUACACCUUAUCUAUGCCUAUAACAAUAAAAAUAUCUGCUCUCCUCUUAACAAUGCUGGGCCUAUUUUUAGCUGUGGAACUAACAUUUAUAGCUUCAGAGCAACAUAAACAUAUUCCUUCAACCACUCUUUUUAUAUUCUCCGUUCUGCUCGGAUAUUAUCCCCAAACAAUACACUUUUUGAUCAGUAAAAUAAGUCUAACCUUUGCCCAAAACAUUGCUAUACAAACGAUUGAUCAAACUUGGCUGGAAAAAAUAGGCCCAAAAUUAGUUGAAACAUUAAACAUACCUUUAAUUUCUAUAACAGAUAACUUUCAACAGGGUGUAAUUAAAGUCUACCUAUAUUUAUUACUUCUUACAGCAAUAAUUAUAAUAACUAUUUCCUAUAUAAAUUAAGCUGCACGGAUCGCACCUAAAGAACGCCCUCGAACUAAACUUAAAAUAACAAAUAAAACUAACAAAAGACCUCAUGCUCCUACGACUAAUAAAAGACCCCCAAAAGAAUAUAACAAUGACACCCCUACUAAACCCUCUCGAACAACACCGUUACUAUAACAAUCAGCCCCUAUAAUUCAAAAAUUAUUAUAUGAAAAAUCAACAAAUAAUAAAAC